GUUCAGUUAUGUUCAUGAGCAGGUCAACUUGCUGCAAAUCAAUAAUGCAUGAAUGUUAAGAUAUCGUGCUGUAGUUCACCUAUAUAGUUUAAUUGUAUAUUUUGCAGUCGCAUGUCGGGGCUCCAUGAUGCUGCUGCUCCGCUGAUUGACCGCUGAGUGUUGUGCUGAGGUGCGGUGCGCUCUCCGCUGUGCUGCUGCUGCUGCAGGGGGAGCGUCCGUCCACAGCCUGCAGCUCUACCGCUUUAUUUGUCUCCUGGCUGCUCUGUUGUACCACAUCUAAUCCCACUAGCAAGACCACUGGGGAACAAAUUCAUUAAGAAGGGCGACCUCCGUGCUGGCUGGAGGUGAAACAGCCUAGGCUACAUCGUGCGUCUUAAACUGAGGAUGCUGGGUAGUAUGGAAGAGUAGCUGAUGCAGAAUCAACCUGAGGUGAUUUAUUGUCCAGAAUCUGGAUGAGGCAACAGAUCCGUCACGCGCACUUCAUGAAGAAGGCGCUCUCUCAUUUCAGUGACUAUCUACAUGGUUUCUGGAGAUGCAGGUGCCUACAGAGGAUAACCUUUCACUGACUGGAUAGAGGCAGUUUGGUUUGAGGAUGCGCUCCCUGAGAAAGACGGUGCUGCUCGCCAUCCUGGUGUCUGUGGUGCUGGUACUGGCCCUCCUCCAUUCAUGGCCAACUCGGGUUUACACCACAGUGGAUGUGUGGCAGCGACCAGCGACUAUAGUAGAGAGGCACCUGGAGGAGAGGCUCCCAGAACCAGACCACGGAUUAGGCAACAUCCCCUUUCAUGUGAGGGACAGUGUGGCAAGCUUGUUGGCACGAAAUGGAUGCGUAUGUGAGGGUGAGAGUGGAGGAGUGAACCUGCCCUUCGCCCAACUUCUAUUCCCACGGGUGUCAGCUCACCCGCUGCACACUGCCUUUGAGGCGUCUGAGCUGGAGGAAAUGAAGAGGAGACGGGCCAAAGAGUACAAGAGUUUCCAGAAGAGGUCACAGACGCCUGCAGAUGUUCUCAUCAUUGCAGAGGCUAACAAUCCCUUACAGUAUCCAACACAGGGGGUGGAGGUACGACCCCUUAAAACAAUCAUCAUCCCAGGCUUGGCCGUACAUGAACUUCCCAGAGACCACUAUUCAAUAAACAUCACUGCCACGCUGGGAACGCUGAAUGUGGCGGCAGAGGUAGAUGGGGUGAAAAUCAAAGGGGAUGGCGAGAUGCACAUGACUCUGUCUAGCAGCCUUCUGCCGAACCUGAACCGACAGUUGCAGUUUGUCACCUACACAAACACACUGUUCCACCCGAGCACAGCAGACACAGUGCAGUUUGAGACAGAGGGGCAUCAAGCCAUCUUCAGUAUCAAGAUUCGUCACGGUGUAACACCCAAACUGUAUAACACAGGAUCCAAAGGAGAGUACAAUGUCAGUGCCCUUGUUACCAUAGCCACGAAGACUUUCCUGCGCUAUGACAAGCUUCAAGAUCUUAUCGACAGUGUGAGACGAUACUACCCCACUGUCACCAUAGUAAUCGCUGAUGACAGUGAAAAUCCCCAAACCAUCUCCGGGCCUCACAUCGAACAUUACAUCAUGCCUUUUGGAAAGGGUUGGUUUGCUGGACGAAACCUGGCCGUCUCUCAGGUGACCACAAAGUACGUGCUGUGGGUAGACGACGACUUCAUCUUCACAGCCAACACCAAGCUGGAGAGACUUGUGGAUGUUUUAGAGAGAACCACUCUGGAUCUGGUGGGUGGUGCAGUGCGGGAGGCCACAGGUUAUACUGCCACCUACAGACAGACCAUCUCCAUUGAGCCAGGGGAGGAGAAUGGUGACUGUUUACACAUGAGGAGAGGAUUUCAUCACAUCAUCCAAGGCUUCCCCAACUGUGUUGUGACUGACGGGGUCAUUAACUUCUUCUUGGCUCGCACCGACAAAGUCCAGCAGGUCGGCUUUGACCCGCGUCUCGCCAGGGUAGCUCACCUGGAGUUUUUCAUCGAUGGCCUGGGAUCUCUGCACGUGGGCUCUUGUGAUGAUGUCAUUGUCAAUCAUGCAACCAAAAUCAAACUUCCCUGGGUCAGCCAAUCAGAGAGCGACAAGACUUACGCCAAGUAUCGUUACCCACCGGCCUCCUCUGACGCCACACACACGAAAAAUGGCCUCCUGUUCUUCAAAAACCGAUUCCAGUGUUUGACUCAUAAUUAGUUCCUGUCCUCUUUGUCCUGAGGGUUCCUCUGCUCUUACUGAGUUGCCAAAGAAGUUCUCCUCCACCGUGUCCCAUCAGAUAAGAUUUCAGACAAACACUAUGGUUUGUGUUUCUUGUGGUUUCACCAUAGAGAAAAUGUGCCAUUAGGGCGGAUUAGCAUGUUUAUACAGUCAGUGCAGGGCUCUGUGGUGAAAAGUCCUCAUACGCAGUAAAUCUCUAGAGGCCAGAUGUGAAAGUUAAGCUCUCUUCUGUUGUGGAACCAGUAGAUAUCCAGCUGCGGUAACAAACAUACCGUCUUGUUAAAUCGCAGCAUAAUCUUGAUUAAUUCAAGGCUUUGUGUUUGUCAAAUCUUAUCUGGCUUUACAUCCUUCAGUUGUUCUAACACAGAGACCGAGCUUUGGGCGCAAACCCAACAGGUAGCAUCUAAACAGUCUGAGUCACUUCAUUGUCGUUCUAUGCUGACAUGAGAGUACAUGGUCAUGUCAUGUCCUCCUUCAAUUUGCACUAUCUAAAAAGACUGAGCUUGGAAAAGCAAUAGUGACAUCAGAGAGCCAGAGAACAAGGGCUCUCUGUUAGCGAGGACGGACGGACACUUACCAGAAAGUACCAAUCCUGUAGAUACAGAGCAUAGGUGUCCUUUUUACCAAUGCCACAUGAAGAACGCACUCAAAACUUUUUCACCUGUGGUACCUGUUCUCUGUGACUGGUCGUGCCAAAGGUUUUGCUGCUGGCUUUGAGGUGUUUUCAUUUGUUUGUGUUAUGGUUUUGAAACCCCUUUACUCAGAAUCCUGUGUGUCAUUUGUGGAUGAUUAAUCUUGUCCAAGGAUGUGAAACUUUGAGGGGUGGGGGGGGGGGCACGCCUGUGUGUUACGUGACCUAGGAGCAUCCUUGUUUUUGUCUUCUGCGGUCUGUCACUCUCAAACAUCGUUUCUGUCCAGUGCACGCUGAUGAACAACGAUGAAAGUGAUUGCGUCUUUACAUGCUGCCUAAAAUAAAAGAUGAGUGAACCAAA